CAAAACCAAUAAAACCAAUUCAACCAUCACGAGUGAAGGACUUGCCUCACCUCACCCACUCCCACAACAGACAUAAUAAUCUCGUUGACAUUGUUGUUGCCCCCUUCGAAGUUCAACGUUGUUUACAAUGAAAGCAACCUUCAAGGGCAAGUACGACUCUGACAAAAAUGGCGGCGCCACCGCAACUUUCGCCUUUCGAGCCGGCGAUGCUAGGCUCAAAGCUUCCAUGACCGACGCCACACUCGUUGGUGGUCCAAGCUUGAACGGCUUACUUCUUUCUCUCGAUAAGCCUGGCUCCUUCAUCAUCGAUUACAACGUCCCCAAAAAGGAUUUUCGAUUUCAGUUCAUGAACACAGUUAAGGUUGCAGAGAAACCAUUGAAUUUGACUUACAUUCAUAGUAGAGGUGACAAUAGGACUAUAUUGGAUGGAAGCCUUAUCUUUGAUUCAGCGAAUAAGGUUUCGGCUAAUUACAUGUUUGGUACGGGGAAUUGCAAGUUGAAGUAUACUUACAUUCAUGGCGGGGUGACAUCAUUUGAGCCAACCUAUGAUUUGGUCAAGAAUGUUUGGGAUUUUUCUGUGUCUCAGAAGGUUUAUGGGGAUGAUGUGUUUCGGGCUUCGUACCAUACAACAAGCAAGAUGUUGGGGUUGGAAUGGUCAAGGAAUUCGAAGAUAAAUGGAUCUUUCAAGAUUUCAGCAUCAUGCGAUUUGGGCGCUGAAGUUAAGGUACCAAAAUUAACUGCUGAGACCACAUGGGAUUUUGAGAUGUGAGAAUCUUUCUAUUUCAUAAGCUUUUCACUUGUUUUCCAAUGAACAACUUCACUUGGAUGCUCGAUAUUCGGACAUCACUAUGUCAUUUAUUAGUGUAUUUCUAUUUAUGGGCAUCUCUAUGCCAUUAUCGAUUAAAUAACUUCUCUUUCAAAACUCCAUUUACCAAUUUAAGAAUUUUUUUCUUACCCUA